AUGUGUUAUAUAUCCGCUGGUUCGUACGAAGACUGGCGACCCGAUGCUGCACAAUUCCCUUCGCAAAUAAAGGCUAACAGUAUGUCUGGCUGGGACGAACUAUGGCUAGAUAUGCGCCCCACAAAUCCAUACCACAACUACCUUCUGGCGUUGAUGCAAAACCGCAUCAUCACCGCUGCGAACAAGGGAUGUCAGGUCAUUGAAUUUGACAAUGUGGACAGUUGGGCCAAUGAUGCUUUGCCCGGAGUGCCGCGCUAUGACGCGGCCACCGGAGUUGCGCAAAUGAAUUACAAUACAUGGCUCGCCCAAACCACCCAUCAGUACGGCAUGGCUGUAGCCCUAAAGAACGAUUUGGGGCAGAUUGCCGAGUUGGAACCAUACUUCGAUUUGGCCGUGAACGAAGAAUGUUUUACCUACACCGAAUGUGAUGAUCUGCAACCCUUCAUUGCAGCCAACAAGGUGUGGAGGUCAUUGCACCUGGAGUUACUGCACCUGCUGAUGACAUUCCGUAUGGUCCAUGGUCCGAGUGUACUGUGUCAUGUGGGGGAGGCACUCGGCAGAGGGCGUGUAUCAGAGACUUCCAGUGCACAACGCCAAAGUACGAAACGUGUAAUGUACAACUAUGUCCAGCCUUCAUCCACCCCUAUACUCAACCCCCCUCGUUUCUUGUAUUCGAAUGCCACAGUGGCGUGCAGUUCGUUGUCGACAGGGACCAAUACGGUGCUACAAGAGGGCGAGAGUUUCGUAUGGGCCUGCCCUACUGGGUACGAGGUUGUGGGUGAAAGUAUCGCAACCUGCACGAACGGAGUUAUACAACCACCCAACUGUCAGGAUAUUGACGAGUGUGCUGCGCAGGGCUAUACGUGUUCUGCAAACGCUGAGUGUGUCAACACGGCUGGCGCUUACAGAUGCCAAUGUGCCACAGGAUACGCUGGUAAUGGUAAAGUAUGUCUCAGGAAAGACACUCUCCAGGAGUCGGAACGAAUUGCCUAUGGUGGGAAGUAUCUACAAAGCAGUUGUGGGCACGUUGCCGCCGUUUCUGCCAAUGGCCACAUGGCUAUGUACGCGGGUGAUGGUGUACCGUACUUCUCGAGUUACCUUUACGAGUCUAAUGGCCCGGCCCAAGGCGCGACGAGGUUUGGGCUGUCUACUAGAGGCGAGUUGUUACUGGUCGACGAGGCCAAUACGGUGCUGUGGAGAACCGGAUAUCAGGGUGCAGAGGCCAAAACUGGCCCAUUUAGUCUACUUUUGGACACAAGCGGCUACUUGAGGAUUAUGGACGGGGGCAAUGCCAACAUUUGGACCAGCGAGUUCUACUCGCCGGCUACUGAAUACGAUUGCUGGAAUUAUAACCCGUAUUAG